CCUUUCCUCCCACACUUUGCACCCUGCUUCAUGUCUCUUAGUCAAUCUGUCUGUUUGUUCGUUUCUAUAGUUCGAUCCCAGAGUGUGAUGACUGGAGAGCAGAUGGCAGCCUUUCACUCAUCGUCAUCUACCCCCAACCCUCUGGAAAGGCCCAUCAAGAUGGGCUGGCUGAAGAAGCAGAGGUCCUUUGUGAAAAACUGGCAGCAGAGAUACUUUGUGCUAAGAGCGCAGCAGCUAUACUACUACAAGGAUGAAGAGGACAUGAAACCACAGGGCUCCAUGUAUCUUCCAGGAAGUACCAUCAAGGAGAUUGCCACAAACCCAGAAGAAGCUGGCAAGUUUGUCUUUGAAGUCAUUCCAGUGUCAUGGUACCAGAAUCGCUCAGGACAGGACUCCUAUGUCCUCAUGGCCAGCUCCCAGACAGAGAUGGAGGAAUGGGUGAAAUUCCUCAGGAGAGUUGCAGGCACACCCUCUGGAGUGGUGUUUGGUCAGCGCUUGGAUGAGACUGUUGCUUAUGAACAGAAAUUCGGUCCCCACCUCGUGCCCAUCCUGGUGGAGACGUGUGUGGAGUUCAUCCUGGAGCAUGGCCUGAAUGAAGAGGGCAUCUUCCGCCUGCCUGGCCAGGACAACCUGGUAAAGCAGCUGAGAGAUGCUUUUGAUGCAGGGGAGCGGCCCUCCUUUUCCAGAGACACAGAUGUGCACACGGUGGCCUCCCUGUUGAAACUCUACCUCCGAGACCUCCCGGAGCCGGUGGUUCCCUGGAGUCAGUAUGAAGGCUUUCUGCUCUGCGGACAGCUAAUGAAUGCAGAUGAGGCAAAGGCUCAGCAAGAGUUGAAGAAGCAUCUUUCCACCCUUCCCAGAGACAACUACAACCUCCUGAGCUAUAUCUGCAGGUUCCUCCAUGAAAUCCAGCUGAACUGUGCAAUUAACAAGAUGAGCGUGGACAACCUGGCCACCGUGAUAGGUGUGAAUCUCAUCAGGUCAAAGGUAGAAGACCCUGCUGUGAUCAUGAGAGGGACUCCUCAGAUCCAAAGGGUAAUGACUAUGAUGAUUAGAGACCAUGAAGUCCUCUUCCCCAAGUCCAAGGAUGCACCCCUGUCACCUCCUGCUCAGAAAAAUGACCCUAAAAAGACUCCAGUGGCCCGAAGCUCUGUGGGCUGGGAUGCUACUGAAGAUGCCCCAGUUUCUCAGACAGACAGUUUCAAUAACACGACAAGUGACUCAGAUACAACAAGUCCCACUGGAUUUCAGCUGAGUGACACAUAUAUGGAUGACAGCAGCAAAUCUUCCAGAGAAAAUCCAGGAGAUUGGAAGCUGCAGUCGAGGAAAAGGACACAGACACUCCCUAACCGGAAAUGUUUCUUGACUUCUAGUUUGCAUGGCUCCAGCAGCAGCAAAGUGGAGAUCUUUCAAAAUGAAUUCUGGUCACCUUUAGAGACCAAGGCAAGGGAAGGGCACCAGAGAGCAAAGUCUCAAGAUUUGCGUCAACUUUCAGACUUCCAGCGGACUUCCACUUAUGAUAACGUCCCUACUCUCCCAGCAUCCCCUGAGGACAAAGCAAGUGCACCUUCUUCCCACACCUGUGACUGUAAGAGAGACACUCUUGCCAGCCCCAACUCUGAAGCCGGACCUAGAAUAAAGGACUCUGUAGAACAGGAACUUGAAUCUUCCCAGAGACUGGUCCAGGAACUACUAAAGGAAAUAGAAACACAGAAGCAGACAUAUGAAGAACAGAUUAAAAACCUUGAGAAGGAAAACUAUGACGUCUGGGCUAAGGUGGUAAGGCUCAAUGAAGAGCUGGAAAAAGAGAAGAAAUCUGCAGCCUUGGAAAUCAGCUUCCGCAAUAUGGAAUGCUCCCAGGAGGAUGUUGAGAAGGGAAACAAGGCCUUGGAAGAAGCCAAAGAUUUUGUUAAAUCAGUGAAGGAGCCCAAGACUGAUGCUUGA